AUGGCGAUUGAUUUGAUCAGAAAUACCAUCUUGAAACCUCCUUCUUCUUCCGACGCAGAUGCCGUUGUUCCCAGGGUACCCCUAACCAUCUUCGACCAAGCAGCCUUCGAUCUCCACGUAGCAGUCCUAUAUGCUUUCCGUCCACCCAUGCCCUCCAACGAAGCCUUAAAAGAAGGUCUCUCCAAAGCCCUCUUUCACUACCCCCACCUCGCCGGCCGUCUCACCACCGACCAAUGCGACCGCCCUGCUAUCAUCCUCAAUAACGCCGGCAUCCGAAUCAUCGAAACUUUUGUGUCCACCACUCUCGCAGACCAGCUCCCCUUCACCCCUUCUACAGACUUGACCCACCUACUUCCACCCACUCAAGGUGUAGAGGAGCUACUCCAGAUCCAACUCAACCGCUACGCUUGCGGCGGCCUCGUCAUUGGCCAGACCGCCCACCACCACGUCGCUGACGGCCAAUCCAUGAGUUCCUUCUUCAUCGCUUGGGCCAAACUCGUGCGUGGCCUUCCCUUAGACCCACUCCCCUACCAUGACCGAUCCGCCGUUUCCGUCCCAAGAAACCCACCUAGUCCCGAAUUCGACCACCGUCGGAUUGAGUUCCGGAAAUGCGCCACGUCGCACUCGAUCACGUCUCUUUCCUCAAUAGCUAACAUCGCUGUACACUUCUCGGCUGACUUUAUAGCCAAUCUGAAGGUGAAAGUCAAUGAGGGAGGAAAACAUCGGUACAGUGCGUUCGAGUGUCUUCUGUCGCACAUGUGGAAGAAGGUGACGAUGGCUCGUGGGCUGGCAGAAGAGGAGUGGACCCAAGUGAGGGUGGCAGUGAACGGAAGAGCAAGAAUGAAGCCGCCGGUGGCGAUGGAGUACUUCGGGAACCUUGUGCUAUGGGCGUACCCGAAAUUGAGAGUGGGGGAGUUGUUGAAAGAGAGUCACAAAUACGUGGCUAAGGCAAUCCACGAGGCGGUGGCGAAGUUGGAUAGUGAAUAUUUCCAGUCGUUUGUAGAUUUUGGGGAAAUGGCAGCGGGGAAGGAGAAGGGAGGAGGAGGAGGAGAAGAAAAAUUGGUCGCGACGGCGCCCGAGGUCGGGACUGUGAUGUGCCCGAACCUUGAGGUAGAUAGCUGGUUGAGAUUCGAGUUUCAUGACUUGGAUUUCGGUGGAGGAGGGCCGGUUGCUCUCCUUCCACCGAAUAUGCCCGUCGAGGGUCUCAUAAUAUUCGUGCCUUCUUCCAAAGAAGGAGGUGGUAUGGAUGUCUUCGUGGCUCUCUUACAUGAACAUGUCCAGCUUUUCAAACAAAUUUCACAUUCCUUGGAUUAA